AUGAGUGUCGACCAGAUCCCGUGGUCAGAAGACACUUCGAAUAUUGGUCGUAAACUGAUGGAGAAAAUGGGCUGGAAAAAUGGGCGUGGUUUAGGCAAUAAGGAACAGGGCAUAGUUAAUAAUAUAUCAUUGGUGUCCAACAAACAAAAAAAAGGCAUUGGAUUCGAAGGUGAAGUCCAGUUUCAGGACAACUUCGACUCUGUUCUGUCCAGCUUGCAGGACAAUGCGGUUGAUCAAUCAGUAGCAGAAGAUCCGUUGGCGGAAAGAGUUUCAAGUAGACAAGUGGUUUCCAGGCUUUCGAAGGCGAGAAAAAAGUAA